AUGAAUACAUUUUUGAAGAUGAUUACGUAAUUCGAUGGAUUCUUUGUUGCUUUCAAUGUUUCAUUUGGACUAUUUGAAUAAAAGAUAUUUUUUAAAUCUUUUUGUGGAGGGAUAGCAAGUAUAAUAAUCUUAACAUUCAUAUUGGUCUACUCAUUAAAUUAAUUAGUUAUAUGGGGAUCAGGUGAGAUGAUUUAUAAAGUAUCAUCACAAUAAAAAACAAUAAUUGAAGGAAGUGAUUUGGAGUAGCUUUUUUAAAAUAGUAAUCCAAUUCAAACAGUUGAAAUAGAGUUCCUAAGUAAAAUAAAUGCAUUUAACAAUAAUAAUAUGAUCAUGAUCCCUUUGCUUUAUAUUUAAUAAGAAGAUGAAAUGUAUGCUUUGUUUUUUGAUGAUGAAUAAGAAAAUUCUAAUUAUUUAAUGGUUGAUUUAGAUAAAUUACUUUAUAAUUCUUUUAAUAUAAUUUUUGUUAAAUGUAUUGGGAAUGAAUAUUAUUUAGAUGAAUCUCAAAAAUGCGCUAGUCAAGAAGCUAGUGAUGAAUUUUUUAAUUAACGUGGAUUAUUAUCAUUUGUUAAUAUAUAUUAUCAAGAAUUUGAUUUUUCAAGAAAAACUUACGAAGAUUAUUAUUCAUCUAUUAAAUUACCAUUAGAUCCAAGUUUAAGCAGUGAAUUGCAAAUUUUAACAAAUUUUGAAUUAACAGAAAUAAAUUCAGGAUUUUUAUUUUAAACAAAAGAAGAAUAUUUAAUAAACUCAGGAUGUUAGUCUUAAAUUUACACUUAUUCACCAAAUUAUCAUAAUUAAUUAUAUUUGGAAGGUUAUAAUGCUACAAAUAUUGUUGGUACUGUUUUUUUAGAAAUUAAUACAUCCAUUUUUUAUGUAAGAAAUUAAUAUCCAACAAUAAGUGAGGUUUUGGCAAAUAUUGGUUCUAUUAUAUAGACAAUAUUAUUAAUUAGAUAUUUAUUUUAUAUUUUGAAUAGAAAAUAAAUGAAUUCCUUUAUUAAAUCCACAUUGUUAUAAGAUUAUUAUCCAGAACUAAAAGAUUUAAAGGAAAUAAAUAAAAAAAACUCUUGUUAAUUAAAUGAUAAAGAUAUAAGUAAAAUAAGCAUUAAGAAAUUUCAAAAAUAAGUUGAUGAAAUGUUAAAUUAUAAAUUGGAUUAUAUAAAUUUAAUUUAUGAAUUACAUCAAAUGUAAAAGAUUUUAUAAUUGAUUUGUCCAGCAGAUAUACUUUUAAAAAUUCAUAAAAAUGAUUCUAAAUUAAAUAUUCAACCUGAUCCGGAAUCAAAUACAUUUAGCAUUUAAAAUAAAUGGUCUUAAUUUGAAGAUUAUGAAGACAUCUUAAAUAAAAAUUAUUUAGAUCCAUUUUUCUUUAGCUAUUAUUGGAAAGCAAAAAAAAAAUUAGAAAUUAUAGAUAUCAAAUCAUCCCUAAAAAGUGAAAAACCACAAAAAAUAUGUUAACCUUCUAAUAUCUAAGAAAAUGUGUUAUCAGCUAAUGAUCUAUUAAAAGUUUAAAAUAAUAAAAUUGUACAUGAAGAUCAUAAUUUAAUUAUAUAAAAUUGA